GAGGAAAUAGCAUUUGUCUUCCUUUACUCUCAGUUUUACCCUGCCUUUUCUUUCUUGCAAAAGCUCAAUGCCAACCGCAUAAUAAAUCCACAGGAACAUUGGCAGGCCCGCAGCACGCUCCGAUCACCAGUGUCAUAAACGUUUCAUCAGGCGCAAGGGGAAGAAACUAUUUGAGCUCGUAUGAAGGGCUCUCAAGUUAUCUUCAAGAAAAGUCGAUCGAUGCUUGGGCGAUCUGGCGCGACAUUCUUUGGAUUAAUUGUAGCCCCAACUUGACCCUGGAGCUUAGAAGUCAGUGGGUGCCUCCACACUGGUAUCAAGAUUGACCAAGGCAAAAUGCUUCUCUGUGCCUCUUACUUUCGUCGGGAUGGUGCUAGGAUCCAGCUGCUUUAUGGCUUUCGGUGGCUCACGACCUCGCUCAACGAGGACGUAGCGUUGAUAACCAAGAAUAACUUGGGUAAUGGACUGAUGGGUUAGAUAUUCGGGGUCACUUCGAUAACUUCAUCGAAGGUUCAUUUGCUAGCGUGGAACAGAUCUUGAUGGACAAAGAUCGACAGUCAAAGAUUGGACUGCAAACGUUCCGCCACUGGUGUGGAUGCAUUUGACGAAUGUGGCAGUAUGCGCAAAUGAUGACUGCUUGAUAUUCUCACCGAAUGGUCGACACUCCCGAAGAAUCUGAAAUUAAUUAUUACAGGCUGUGACGAUCGUAUGCGGAAUUAUUUUGUGAUACUUGUCAGUACAACCCGGCGAUCAAGUAAACAGUUAAGCAACCCCAGGGUCUCGGGCGAUCGUUUCGAUUCCGAGCACGGUUGUGUUCUUUGGGGAAGGUCAGCUGGCCUAGCGAGCAACACAUCUUGGCCCUGAUUCAGCAUGCCGCUGAUCUUUUCAUUCGAGCUGAGACAGUAUAUUACUUCAUACAAUCAUCGGGGCAACCCAGUUGAUCGCUUUUUCUGGCAGUUUCACAAACAGACGGAACAACGUAGUUCGUUAAACUACCAAAAUUCAAGAGGAAAAACAGGGGCUUUUGUUACAGAUCCAUCAUAUAUGGGCAUAUUUUGGUGGUGACACACUGUACCCACACGAAAACAGAAGCUCAGGGACCACAAGGCAUACUUGUUUAUAUUCACUCUCUGUGAAUUGCGCGGCAGGACAAGGGGGAACGUAGGUUAUAUAGCUCCUUAGGGUUCCAUUGGUCGAACAUCUAGCAUGGUCGCAAAGACAGAUGAGAAAGAUACUUAUUUGCACAAAAUGAUGCUUCCAUAGCUGCCCAAUGACAUACGUGUCAAUGGUGAUUAUUGCUGGUCACCAACGUUAUCCUACAUUUUUCACA